AGUUGAUGAAGAGAUGAUGGAGCUGAUGGUUUCGAUUAUGUGUGGUUGGGUUAAGAAAUUGAUUCAGGAGGAGUGUGGUGCAGACCAAGUGUUCGACUUAUUGAUUGAGAUGGAUUGUGUUGGUUUAAAACCUGGUUUUAGUAUGAUGGAGAAGGUUAUUGCUUUGUAUUGUGAGAUGGGGAAGAAAGAGAGUGCGGUUUUGUUUGUUAAGGAGGUUUUGAGGAGGAGAGAUGGGUUUGGUUAUAGUGUUGUUGGUGUAGGUUCUGAAGGUAGAAAAGGUGGACCUGUUGGGUAUCUUGCUUGGAAAUUGAUGGUUGAUGGAGACUAUAAGGAGGCCGUUGAUUUGGUUGUUGAGUUAAGAGUUUCAGGGCUAAAGCCAGAAGCUUACAGCUAUCUAAUUGCGAUGACAGCCAUUGUGAAAGAGCUGAAUAGUCUAGGGAAAAACUUACGCGAGUUGAAACGCUUUACACGGGCUGGUUUUGUUGCUGAGAUUGAUGAUCACGAUAGGGUACUCAUUGAGAAGUACCAGUCAGAAACAUUAUCCCGUGGAUUGCAGUUAGCCACUUGGGCGGUUGAGGAAGGUCAGCAAGACGAUUCUAUUGUUGGGGUGGUUCACGAGAGGCUCCUCGCUAUGUACAUAUGUGCAGGACGUGGACCAGAAGCAGAGAAACAGCUUUGGAAGAUGAAACUUGCAGGGAGAGAACCGGAAGCUGACCUCCACGACAUUGUUAUGGCCAUCUGCGCUUCGCAGAAAGAGGUUAAUGCGGUUUCACGGCUUCUGACACGAGUUGAGUUCAUGGGAUCUAAGAGAAAGAAGAAGACUCUGUCUUGGUUGCUCAGAGGGUAUGUGAAAGGAGGGCACUUUGAAGAGGCUGCAGAGACAUUGAUAAAGAUGAUCGACUCUGGCUUGCAUCCGGAGUAUAUUGAUCGAGUGGCUGUGAUGCAAGGAAUGACAAGGAAGAUCCAACGGCCGAGAGAUAUUGAAGCAUAUAUGGGGCUGUGCAAGAGGCUGUUUGAUGCUGGUUUGGUAGGACCUUGUCUUGUGUAUCUGUACAUAGAUAAAUAUAAGUUGUGGAUAGUGAAGAUGAUAUGAAGGAAAGAUAAUGGAACAAUUAGGGAAAGAAGUUUAAGGACUCUAGGCUUAGAUGGAGGAACAAUUUUUGGGUAUCUAAUAAAUCUGUAUGUAUGUAAUAGUCUGUUUAUGAAAAGGAAAUAUUUUUGGACUUGUUAUGCAAGCUAAGUACAUCAA